GAAUUUGUGAGGAACUGAAAUGAGCAGAGAGCAGCUGAGGGGAAAGGGAGGAGCACCAAACUGAAACCAAGGUUACACAUGUGAGGAGGACUCGAACAAAGCACAGAGAGGAGAGGGAGAGAAGGGCAUGAACAGGUAGAGUUAGUCAGAAGAAGGCUUCAAUCCGACCACGCCAGCUACGUAAUUACAAGUUUUUCCCCAGUGUGUUGACAGAACGCAGACAGAACGCAAACACAAAGCAAGAGAAGCGGCAAACACAAAGGGCAGCUCAAGACUGGAAAGCAGAAGUAAGAGGAGAAGGAGGCAGAGACAGCGGUUUAUUAAGUCGCGUCCUGCACAAUAACUGAAGGGGGAAAACAAAGAAGGAGAGGCGAGGCUGUAAGGAGUGAACGUGGUGCUAAAGUGGGAAAACAAAAGGAGACUCCUUGUCCAAGAGGACGGACUUGAAUCCAUGGACUACUGACAUCAGCAAAACAAAGGAGUAGAGGCGUCAGAAAGCAGGUCACUGCAGUCCAGCAGCAGUUGCAGCUCCCUCGAGCGUCUACUAUGCAACCAAGUCAACUGACAUAGACAGAGAGUCAAGCUCAGGCACAGAUCACACAGACAGUCCUCAGUGUAACAGCACCAUGUUGAUGAAAGAGUACCGCAUAUGUAUGCCACUGACUGUGGACGAGUAUAGGAUCGGGCAGCUAUAUAUGAUCAGUAAGCACAGCUGUGAGCAGAGCGGAGGGGGAGAAGGGGUAGAGGUGGUGAGAAACGAGCCGAGUGUUCACCCCGAGCACGGACCUGGACAGCUGACCGAGAAGCGAAUCUACCUCAGCAGUAAACUGCCGUCCUGGGCGAAAGCGCUGGUCCCGAGAUUCUUCUAUGUGACAGAAACAGCGUGGAACUUCUACCCGUACACCAUCACAGAGUACUCGGUAUCAUUCCUCUCCAAGUUCAGCGUCCGCAUUGAGACGAGAUUUGAGAACAACAACGGCGAUAACGACAAUGUGUUCGGGGACACGCCGACCCCAGCAGAGAAAGUGAGUUUCCUGGAUAUCGUCAGUGACCCCAUCCCUGAGAAGCACUAUAAAACGGUGGAGGACCUGAGUCUCUGGCAGUCAAGUAAAACUCACAGAGGGCCUCUGGGGGAAGGAUGGAGAGACAACCACAAACCCAUUAUGUGCUCCUAUAAGAGGGUGCAGUGCAGCUUUGAGGUCUACGGCUUCCAGACCAGAACUGAGGAGUUCAUACACAAAAACAUUCGGGACAUUCUUCUGGUCGGCCACAGGCAAGCCGUAGCAUGGAUAGACGAAUGGCACGGACUGAGUUUGGACGAUGUGAGAGAUUAUGAGCAAACAAUGCAAGAGAAGACCAACAGCAAAGUCAAAUCCGAUCUGAACACAGGGCCACCGACCGCCUCUCGUCCUGUGUUCUCUCGCUCCAUCUCGGUGACAGACGAGCGUUCCCUGAUGAAGAUGGGAGUGACGACUGCAGCCAUACCUGACCCUCCACCCUCCUCCUCUGUGCCACACAGUCCCAUUCGCCUCCACUCAACCCCUGAAUGAUGCCGCGCACACGCACGCAUUCACACGCACACACACAAGCACGCACACACACGCACACACACGCACAAAGAGCAUACUGUACAAUGCAAACAAAGAAAAAAACAAUUGUGCUCACUUAGAUAAGUAGAUCAGUAGCACUUGUAGCUAUCUUAAAUAUAAGGCUACAGCCAGCCACUUGUUAGCGUAGCUUAGCAUUUAGACUGGGGACAAGGGGAAACAGCGACCCUUGUUCUUUUGCAUAGCCAAUUGCAGAGCUAUCUUCAAAACACUGUGUCAGCAAUAGAGGUUUGGCCGCAGCUAUUAUCAUUCUGCUGCAGGAAAGAAGAAGAAAAAAUUCAUUGGAUUGUUUUUAUUUCUUGAAACUGCUUGAAACGGCAGUCUUCGUGAGCGGAGCUAUGUCCAGGAUGUAGGCCAGGAAGAUAGACGUGAAAUUGGCCAGCGACCUGAAAAGAAAAUUAAUGACAGUGAAGGAUGUGGCAAAUAGUUGGCCACAUUUGUUGUUAGUCUGUGAGCGCAACAUCAACAAAAAGUAAAAGACAGUUUUGGAUUAGAUUUUGUGGGGAAGCCCGUGAUGGAAGACAUUGUUAGAAUUUGGCGGUGAUCUGAAUACGAAUUCAUAUUAAAAAAAAAACAAAAAACAAUUGUUAAAAUUGUGAGAUAGGCGAGAGUAUUAAUACUGAGAAACUGAGCGCCCUUGCUUGGGUUUGCACUAAGACAGAAUUUCUUCUAGUUUUCUGCAUGUGGUUUGUCAGCUGAAAUCCACCCAUCUACAAACGAUAAGUCAAACUUGUCCAAACGUAACAUAGUCAACCUACUAAUGCCUACAAAAUAGAUUUUUCUGUUUUAUACCAAUAUUAUGGAGUAAAAAGGGAAAUAUAGCGAGUGGGAGGAUGUUGAAACCACUGUGACAGAGACAGGUUUGAAGGCUCCUGGGUUCCACUGGUAUCGAUCUUGUCUUGUUGUCACCAGAGGAUGAACAAGUGUAUUUCCCAAAAUAAUCUCUAAAAUCACCACAGAAAAUGUUCUCUUCCUAUGCAGACGCUGUUGCACACGCAAGAGCACAUAAGCACUUUGUGCCUCAAAGUUUCAAUUUCUUCUUUUGCAUUCUGACGCCUCCUCGUCUCGUCUUCGGCAGCAUAUAAAUGUGGUGCAUUUCAGGUCUGUCUCAGUUGGUCCCUCAGCCACAGAGCCCCGCAGGGCUCUCCAGUUCUUUCCCAGCGACCAGCCAGAGGCAUACAGACAGAUGCAUAAGGAGUUUAAUAGAGUGGAUCUAAUGAGAGAGCAGAGGAGUGUGUGGGGGGGGGGCUGUCAAUGCUAUGGAUCUGCUCCCCGCUCCACCUCAGCCAAUAGGUCAGACCAGGUGUAUUGACAGAGGGCAGUGAGGCAUUGUAUUGGUUCCUUGAUCGCUUAGCUGAGGGCUGCAAAUGGGUCAAACCUGGACUGAACUUCAAUUAUGAGUCAAUGAUGUCAUCGUGUAUGUAUAUAUAUAUAUAUA